AUGGUGGUUGCGGUAUGUGAUGGUCCAAUGUUGACGAACAAGCAGUUCUCUGAGAUGAUACAACCCAUUGAAGAAAGGAUGCUUCAGGUGGAGAACUAUGUCAUGUUAAUCAAACCUGAGCUGAUUGUACAAACCGAGCCCAUUACUGAUCCAUAUGGUCCUUCUAUUGUCGAUGAAUCUUUGGAAGCUAUAAUUGUCAGCAACGAGACGUUACCUGGUGGCUUGUCAGUUAACAGAAAGAGAGCAGAAAGAGGUCUUUCUCAACUCAAGAUCGAGAUUGUGGAAAUAGUUUCUGAUGGAUCAAGUGGAAAUAAGAUAAGUUCGAGUACUCUUAGGAAGUUGGAGGCUGAGACACAAAAACAAGAUGCAGAACAAGAAGCAUCAUGAACUUGGACAUGUAGAAUCAGCUUUGUUUUGUAAUUUUUGAAUACGAUUCUGUAUAUUGACCGAAAAUGUUCAAUGAAAAAGGUC